AUGGAGGACAACCACGAGGAGUGCGGAGAGAAACAGGAGAAAAUCUUAUUAUUUUUAAGCAAUCAAGAAAUAUUUGUUUGGGAUAAAGAAGCUGUAAUGAUGCUACGAAGAAAAUGCCGCAUUGUGGGGUCUUUAGUUGGCUCACUGCCCAGUAAACCUAGACAGAAUUUAGUGUUUUCUCUCCCUCUUGUCUUACUCCCUGAGGAAGCGAGACUUUUACUUGACAAGAACAUUGCUAGAAUUGUAGAAAGCGAUAUAACAAGACCUUCACAGGAGAUAGUCCACAAAUUUCAAGAUGAAAGAAGAACUAGCAUUCAGGAACAGAUUGAAAGACUUGAAGAAUUAAAACAACAAAAACUUGCUGACUUUGCAGAAAUCAUAGAGGAAGGCCGUGAAAGAGUGGAUAGAAAACGAAGAAUCUCAUCGCAAAAUUCUAGUGGUAAAGUACCACGUAUAGAAACUGAAGAAAAGCAAAGUUUUAUGGAAUCAAGUUCGGUCAGGUGGUCGGAUGACAUCCCUAAAAAAUUAUCAUCGGAAGACAUUCAUAGAUCAUCGGAGAGCACCGACAGCUCUACUCAGCAACAGUUGAAAAACAUGGAUAUAUUAUCAGAGGAUGCCAAUGGUUCUGCUCAGAAGCAGUCAGAAGACAUUUCUGGAUCAUCUGAAAAUACGGAUGAGAUCAAUCUUCAAGAUUCUACUCUUGUUUGUGUGAGCACAAAAUCCAAACUUUUAAGAACCAAAGAUGUGUAUUGGAAUUUCCCAGAAACUGAGAUUGAACAAGUCAGGUGCAAAGUUUUCUCCGAUUUAUGGCAAAAGGGAUAUUUUAUAACCAAUGGGAACAAAUUUGGUGGCGAUUAUUUAGUCUAUCCCGGAGACCCAUUGAGAUUUCAUUCGCAUUUUAUUGUGAAAAUUUUACCUUGUGGAGAAAGGCUUACAGGGUUGGAUCUAGUUAGUGUAGGUCGACUAGGAUCAACUGUUAAAAAGACAAGUGUUUUGGCGUCGGUUGAUUCAUCCGGCAAAGUUAUUUAUACUUCAGUUCAAUGGUCGGGUUUUGUGUAG